GAGUAUAAUGCUAUCCGGUUCUUCAUGACGAUUGCCAUUGGUUUUAUAUUCGGUGUCAUCUUCUAGAGGAAAGGAGACCAGAUGUGAGUCUACAGUUAAUUAUUUUUGAACCACAUGCCUUUGUGCUUUCUUUACUUCCUUUACUUGGAUAUGGUUAAUGAAGUUCUCUUACUAUUUUGUCAACAGAUACAAACAACAAGACCUGAUCAAUCUAUUGGGAGCCACCUAUUCUGUUAUUAUUUUCCUCAGGACUUCAAAUGCUUUUGCGGUGCAACCUGUUGUAGCAGUUGAGAGGACAAUAUUCUACCGUGAAAAGGCAGCAGGAAUAUACUCAAGAGUUGCCUAAUGCAUUUGCUCAGGUGGGAGACAAAAUAGUUCAGUUGCCGUAUGUUUAUGUAUGAAGGGCUUUGGUAUCUAUGAUUUAUAUGCAUCUUUUCUGGUGCAGGUGGCCAUAGAGACAAUCUAUGUUGCAAUUCAAACCAGAGAACCGGUUUGAAUUGCAACAUAGAUUGUCUCUAUGGCCACUUGCACAAGAAAGGAUGCAUUUAAAUCAUAGAUGCAGAAAACCUUCGUAUAUAAAUAUAAUGCAACUGAACUAUUUUGUCUCCCACCUGAGCAAAUGCAUUAGGCAACUCCGAGUACAUUCCUACUACCCUUUCACGGUAGAAUACUGUCCUCUCAACUGUUACAAUAGGUUGCACCGCAAAAGCAUUUGAAGUCCCUAGGAAAAUAAUAGCAGAAUAGGUGGCGCCCAAUAGAUUGAUCAGGUCUUGUUGUUUGUAUCUGUUGACAAAAUAGUAAGAGAACUUCAUUAACCAUAUCCAAGUAAAGGAAGUAAAGAAAGCACAAAGGCAUGUGGUUCAAAAAUAAUUAACUGUAGACUCACAUCUGGUCUUUCAAUGUGCUUUACCUACUUCUCAAUGUAUGGGAUGAUGGUUACUGCUCUUACUCCCGACUAUCAAAUUGCUGCUAUUGUUAGUUCCUUCUUCUCAAAUUUCUGGAACUUGUUCUCUGGUUUCCUCAUCCCCAGGCCGCUAAUCCCAAUAUGGUGGAGAUGGUACUACUGGGCUUCUCCAGUUGCUUGGACAAUCCACGGCAUUUUCGCAUCUCAAGUGGGUGACAUUACAUCUGAAGCUGAAAUAACUGGAAGGAGUCCAAUGCCAGUAAAUGAAUUCAUCAAAGACGAAUUGGGUCUUGAUCAUGACUUCCUUGUACCUGUAGUUUUUUCUCAUGUGGGUUGGGUCUUCCUCUUCUUCAUCGUGUUUGCCUAUGGCAUCAAGUUCAUUAACUUCCAGAGGUGAUAGAGAAACUUGAAUCCUUUAGUCAGGACACAGAGUGUAGAACAUCAUAGUUAAUAGAGAGAACAGGAAAGUGUUUGUAGAAUAUUAUAGUUAAUAGAGAGAACAGAAGUGUUUCUUCUUCUUUUCCCCUUCACUCUUCUUUGUAAGUUUGCUCGACUGUGAUUUUCAUGUUGUUAUCAGUAUGUAUAAUUAUUCUUUCUUAUCGAUUUACCAUAACAAAGUUUGUAUAAUUACUUUGUAUAAUCAAUUACAAAAGAACGCUUUAUUAAAA